CAGUCCCUGAUAUUCCUUUCCCUUUCAGUCGAAUAAUCCCUUCAAAAUUUGUUCACGUGUCGCACAUUGUCGUAGGAAUAAACGCAGUCCGUUCAAAGCUUCUUCAGUUUUUCACAACACGUUAUCCCCUUUCCCUUCAGUCGCGCGUGUUUUAUACUCUUGAAGCAUUGCAUGCUCAUUUUGUUUUGUCCGCCGCAGUUUUUUCCUGCAGAAAAAAAUUGACAUCUGCUUAUUUGUGUACGUAAAUGCAUUUUGCAGUUUGCAGAAAAAAAAACAACAAAAAAUGCAUUUGUGAUAAUAUAAUUGAACUGCAGUGUUUUUGCAACAGAAAAAUAUUGUCCUCUUCAACUCAUUUUUAUCAGUAUUUCCUUAGCGCAGUUAUUGCGAACUAAAUUGAGCAGAAAUUACCAACUUUGGUCUUCCCAAGAUGCAAUUGGCUGCAUAAGAAACUGGACAUAAAAAAAACAUCAGACCAAAAAUGACUGAAAACGAAGGACUCAGACCUUAUUUGACAUCACGGGCUGAACAAACUCAUGGAGAUGAUUCAAACGACAUGGUGCUCAUGGCAACAGCUGGCAACUCGUCAGUUAAGCAGCCGCCGUUUUUCGUACCUCCGAGUUACCAUGACACGACUCAAAACUCCGAACCCCUCCCGUUGACAAUCAUCCAACCCGAGGACCUAGAUCCGAAUGACCGGCGACUAGGAUUGUACGGCGAAGAUGCCGAAGAUGAAGACGGGGCGCCUGAGAGGGCCCCCGAAAUGGAGGCGGCACCUGACGGAGGGUGGGGAUGGUUGAUAGUGUUGGCGGCUUUCUUCAACAAUAUGGUGUUGGACGGGAUAGCCUACUCGUGUGGAGUCUACUUCCCCGUGUUCCUUCGGGAGUUCGAGGAGUCGGCGUCCAAGACUGCCUGGAUUGGAUCACUCUGCUCUGGAUGCUAUCUUGCUAUUUCUCCUCUGGCAGCCGCGGCUACAAAUAUCCUGGGGUGUCGAGUGGUGUCUCUGGUGGGGUGUCUGUGGGCUGCCGCCUCCCUCGCCCUCGCAUCCUUCGCCUCCUCGGUCGACAUCCUCAUCCUCUCUUUCGGCAUAUCCACAGGGCUGGCUUUCGGAUUCCUCUACUUGCCCUCUCUGGUCAUUGUGGGUCUCUGGUUCGAGAAGAAGCGAGGAGUCGCAACCGGAAUCACAGUUGCCGGAAGCGGAGUGGGAAUGUUUGUGCUGCCUCCCCUCUGCACCCUCAUGAUUGACCACUGGGGAUGGAGAUUCUCUAUGUAUGGUCUAGCAGCUAUGGUCUUCCUGUGCGCUCCACUGGCCAUGCUUUAUAGACCAGUUCCACCGAACUUCAGAAACGGACAGUCCAAAAAAGCCAAAGUGAAGUCCGCUGGAACGCAUCACAUAAAUAAAGAAGUUGAACUGAAUGGACACAAGGGCCAAGAUUCGAGUCCCACUGAGGAAGAAGAUGCGAACUCGUACUCAGAAACUUCUGUCGACGACAGAGCCGAAGGCGAAAUUCCUGAGAUCCGAGUGAGCGACUUCGAAAAACGAGGAAGCUCGCAAAGUGUCGCGUUUGCUGCUAGCUCCGGACGCACUGGCAGAGGUAAAAACGAACCUAUGUUGCUCAAAAAGGCGAUGAUGAACAGAAAGAAAACUAAUGGACUGUGUCAAAGCAUGACGACAGUUAAUUGUAGUCAAACUGAAUCACAAGCCGCGCAACCACAGCUUUCAAAGACUCUAGAGGACCUUAGCGACCGAACGUUUGAAAACUCGGAGUAUGGUAACGGCAGCGCACACUUGCAGCACAGCUCGGCCCGUCUCUCGGGUUUUGAGAUGAACGCCGAAAUCAAAAAUGAGAUUAGAAACAAUCGAGGUCGACCUUCGAACGUUUCGCAUUUGAGUGUAUCGGCUGCGGAACCCCUUAGAAAGAAGGAUUUGUUCUAUAGUGUCAGCACUAUUAAUCUCUCUACGGGAGAUAUGAACAAUAACAACAACAACAAUGAAGGCACACGAGAACGAAACGGUUCGGCCCUCGGCGAUUUGGGUGACAUAAUAUCUGAACACGAGGAUCAGAAGCUACAUAGGAAGUUGCAUAACAAUAAGUUCGUGAACGGACUCAUGAACAUGCUGGGCCUGGAGAUCUUCAAGGACAGGUGUUUCAUCAUGCUCUUGGUGUCGAGCGUCGUUGGAUUCCUGGGCUUCUUCGCUCCCUUCGGCUACUUGAGUGCGUUUGCGGCCAUCCACGGCAUAGAUGCGAACAGUGCCUCCUUCCUCAUCUCAAUCAUUGGCAUCUCAAAUACGAUCGGAAGACCCCUCUUCGGACUCCUAGUCUCUCUCAAGAUUUUGGACUGUGUUCGUCUGAUGAACUGGGCCAUGAUCGUGGCCGGCUGCUGCACCAUAGUCCUGCCCUUCCUCACCUCCUACUGGACAAUGGCCUCAUACUCUGCCAUAUUUGGAUUGGUUAUUGCGGGUCACGUGUGUAUGAAGUCUCUGGCCAUAGUUCAGUUGAUGGGAGUGGACAGACUGACCAAUGGACUGGGCUACUGUCUCUUGUUCAUGGGGUUGGCGGCCAUGCUGGGGGGACCAUUGCUAGGUCUGCUCUACAACGAAGAGUCCAAGUCUUACAUGCUGUGUUUUGUGUUCGCCGGGGUCCUCCUAAUUCUCGGGGGACUUCUAGGCCUGCCCAUGCAAACCAUCUCAACUUGGCAGAAGAGCCGAAUGGAGAGACGCCGACCAGGAAGGAACCGACAGAUUGUGCUGAACAACCCACGUGACGAACGAACCACUACCGCAAAUUUGGAUGUAUAGACGAAAAAAGUUAUUUUGUAAUCAAAUCAAAAAAGCAAUAAAAAUCGAGUUUGAAACUCAAGUAAUGUGGCAUUUUAGUAUAAUUGUUAUUGAACUUUUCAAAAGUUUGAUAAUGUUUAAAUUCAAACUCAAGUACUGUCAGAAAACCCCAAAAAGCGUUUUCAAAAUGGCUUCGAAGAAAUAAAACACAAAGGUGCUAGAGUCUAAUUAUAAUGAAAUGGGAUUAAAGUUAAGUUUUUAUUCUAAAAAAGAAAAAAAUCGGAUGCAAAAAAUACAUACAUUUUAACAAUGAAAAGUUAUAACAACUGACGAACCUGUAAACAACAAGUUGCUAGAUUUUUUGCAUCAGAUUUAACUGAUAGACGCGUUAUUAUAUAUUUUCAUUAGAUGUAUAGUUUGAUAUGAAUGCCAUUACAUAUGUAGCUUGACACUUUAGAUGAUUUUAUAUAUGCAUACUAUAGAUGUUUUAGCAUAACACCAAAAAAGUUGCGCGCUCACAAACAA